AUGAGCGGCGCGGGCGAGCGGGCGCUGCGGGCGGCGUGGGGCGAGGGGGGCGUAGGGCCUCGCGGGGCGAGCGGCGCGGGCGGAGGGGGCAGGGUGCCGCGAAGCAGCCUGCUGCCCGCGCGGCCGGUGCGUGCGUGCCGCAGCGGAGCGCCGCGGACGCUAAGCUCUCGUGCACGUGUUUCCGAAAUAGCGCUAACAAUUAACUGCCGCAGAUGGCGGGGCCCCGGA